GCCCGGACUCCCCGUGGCCGGGGCGCUCUCGCACAGCUCCCCACUCGCCCUCGGGCUGCGAAGCCGCCGGGAAGCCCGGGACACAGGCAGGGCGGCUGCUGCUGCCGCCGAGCUAGGGGAGAGCAGCGACCGGUGUCCGGGUCUCCUUCGCCUCCUGCGGGAUCACCAGGCGCCUCCUCGGGGAUUCCUCUCCUCGCUUUACAUGCUGCCCCCCGGCUCUGGAUUUAUAAGCAACUGCCCCCUGCGUAUUCACCACCCUCCUCCCAGGGACUGCCCGGCGGAGGGCCGCCUCUCCCCUGCCUGACCCAGCGGUGUGCAUCUGGCUCUUGCCAUCCCCUCCCGGGGGCGCCCGGACGGACCUGGAGCCCCCCUGAGCCCUGAAGCGCUAGCUGAGCCCGGGCGAGUGGGGGCCGGGCUGGCGCAUCACCUGGGGAGCCGCUCCUCACUCUGCCUCUGCUGCGUGCUGGGAUUUGUUGUGCUUUAGUUUGGGGUCUGUCGGCUCGCUCUGAUCCGAGCCGAUUCCGAGAAGCAGCCUCAGGUUAUGAAUUCUCUGCUGCGGUUCUUUCCACACAUGAACACAAGGAGAGUUUCCAGUUAAAGGAAAAGUGACUAGUGCAGAGGACGACAUGACCACCAUGAAGGGAAACGGUCUGGUUGCAUUGCUGGUUGCAGGUUUGGGAGUCAUAGGAAUCUUAGUGUCAGCAGCUACAGAAGAUUCCCAGUGCCAGCGAGCUGAGCACCCUGUUAUAAUGUAUAAAGAAAUUGCCCCCUGGUUACGUGUGUUCAGAGCAGAGAAUGCUGUGGACUUCUCACAAUUAACAUUUGACCCAGGACAAAAAGAACUUAUUGCUGGAGCAAGAAACUACCUCUUCAGGUUACAUCUUGAAGAUCUAUCUCUAAUCCAGGCAGUGGAGUGGCAGUGUGAUGAAGCUACUAAAAGAGCCUGUUACAGUAAGGGCAAAUCAAAGUUAAGCAACCUGACAGAGAUACAUGAUCAGAUCAGUGGCAUGGCUCGCUGUCCAUACAGUCCUCAACACAAUUCCACAGCUCUUCUCACUUCCAGUGGGGAGUUAUAUGCUGCUACAGCCAUGGAUUUCCCAGGAAGGGAUCCUGCCAUUUACCGCAGUCUGGGGGCUCUUCCUCCUCUCCGCACUGCACAGUACAACUCCAAGUGGCUCAAUGAGCCAAAUUUUGUGUCAUCCUAUGACAUUGGAAACUUCACCUACUUCUUCUUCCGAGAGAAUGCAGUAGAGCAUGACUGUGGAAAAACAGUCUUUUCCCGGGCUGCUCGGGUCUGUAAAAAUGAUAUUGGGGGCAGAUUUUUGCUAGAAGACACCUGGACAACCUUUAUGAAGGCUCGUCUGAACUGCUCUCGCCCUGGAGAAAUUCCAUUUUACUACAAUGAAUUACAAAGCACUUUCUUCCUGCCAGAAUUGGACUUAAUCUAUGGGAUCUUUACAACAAAUGUGAACAGCAUAGCUGCCUCAGCAGUUUGUGUUUUCAACUUGAGUGCCAUAACUCAGGCCUUCAAUGGACCAUUCAAAUAUCAGGAGAACUCCCGCUCUGCCUGGUUGCCUUACCCCAAUCCCAACCCUAAUUUCCAGUGCGGUACAAUGGACCAGGGUCUGUACAUGAAUCUGACUGAGAGGAAUCUUCAGGAUGCCCAAAAAUUUAUUCUAAUGCAUGAGGUGGUUCAGCCAGUUAUUCCAAUUCCUUACUUCAUGGAGGACAACAGCCGGUUUUCCCAUGUGGCAGUGGAUGUGGUGCAGGGCAAGGACAUGCUUUUCCAUAUCAUCUAUCUCGCCACAGACUAUGGCACUAUUAAGAAAGUACUCGCUCCAAUGAAUCAGACUUCAAGCAGCUGCUUACUUGAAGAAAUUGAGCUCUUUCCACGGAGGCAGAAAGAACCUAUCAGGAGCCUGCAGAUUCUGCAUAGCCAGAGUGUUCUGUUUGUGGGGCUUCAGGAACACGUAGUAAAGAUUCCCCUGAAGAGGUGUCUGUUUUACAAAACACACAGUGCAUGUAUUGGAUCCCAGGAUCCUUACUGUGGAUGGGACAUGGUGAUGAAGAAAUGCACAACACUGGAAGAAAGUCUAAGCAUGAGUCAGUGGGAACAAAGCAUCACUGUGUGUCCAACCAGGAAUUUGACUGUGGACGGAAAUUUUGGAAUGUGGUCUCAAUGGAAACCCUGCACCCACACUGAUGGUACCAGUGUUGGCUCCUGCCUCUGCAGAACUCGCUUGUGUGACAGUCCAGCGCCUCAGUGUGGAGGCUGGCAGUGCGAAGGACCAAGUAUGGAGAUUGCCAACUGCUCCAGAAAUGGGGGCUGGACUCCAUGGACUUCCUGGUCACCCUGCAGUACCACCUGUGGAAUUGGUUUUCAAGUCCGCCAGCGUUCGUGCAGCAAUCCAACUCCUCGGCACGGGGGCCGUGUGUGUGUGGGACAGAACCGUGAGGAGAGAUACUGCAAUGAGCACUUGCUGUGCCCUCCACAUAUAUUUUGGACAGGCUGGGGUCCGUGGGAACGUUGCACUACCCAAUGUGGGGGUGGGAUUCAGGCUCGUCGCAGGACGUGUGAGAAUGGCCCUGACUGCCCUGGCUGUAAUGUGGAGUAUCAACCUUGUAACACCAAUCCCUGUCCAGAGCUGAAAAAGACCACCCCCUGGACUCCCUGGACUCCGGUCAAUAUCUCAGACAAUGGUGGCCACUAUGAACAACGAUUCCGAUACACUUGCAAGGCACGCUUGCCUGACCCAAAUUUGCUAGAGGUUGGAAGACAAAGGAUUGAAAUGCGUUACUGUUCCAGUGAUGGUACCAGCGGAUGCUCAACAGAUGGACUGUCAGGGGAUUUCUUGCGUUCUGGACGAUACUCCGCUCAUACAAUUAAUGGAGCCUGGUCACCAUGGACUCCAUGGUCUCAGUGCAGUCGAGACUGCAGCAGAGGUAUUCGCAACCGCAAACGUGUCUGCAACAAUCCUGAGCCCAAAUAUGGGGGUCUUCCGUGUCUGGGCCCAUCUCUGGAGUACCAGGAAUGCAACAUCUUGCCUUGUCCAGUUGAUGGAGGUUGGUCUUGUUGGUCAUCAUGGUCAAAGUGCUCAGCAACUUGUGGAGGUGGACAUUACAUGAGGACCCGCUCAUGCACAAACCCAGCCCCAGCCUAUGGAGGGGACAUCUGCCUUGGACUUCACACUGAAGAAGCACUUUGCAACACACAACCCUGUCCAGACAACUGGUCUGACUGGUCUGAGUGGUCUGAUUGUGAUUCAUCUGGAGUCCAGUUCCGCGUUCGUCAGUGUAUCAUUCUAUUUCCUGUGGGCAACCAGUGUUCUGGGAACAGCACUGAGAGUCGAGCUUGUAUUUUUGAUUCUAACUUCAUACCAGAAAUAUCAGUAGCAAGAUCUAGCAGCAUAGAAGAAAAACUAUGUGGUGAGUUUAACAUGUUCCACAUGAUUGCAGUGGGCUUGAGCAGUUCUAUACUUGGCUGCCUCCUUACACUGCUUGUUUACACUUACUGCCAACGCUAUCAGCAGCAAUCCCAUGAUGCAACUGUUAUCCAUCCAGUGUCGCCAGCUCCUCUUAAUACCAGUAUCACUAACCACAUCAACAAACUGGACAAAUAUGAUUCUGUAGAAGCCAUCAAGGCAUUUAACAAAAACAACCUGAUCUUGGAGGAGAGAAACAAAUACUUCAAUCCACAUCUUACUGCAAAGACCUAUUCUAAUGCCUAUUUUACAGAUCUCAAUAAUUAUGAUGAGUACUAAUGGAUUUGUGUAUUUUCUGGCCUCUGGUAACUCCCCAAUCCCCCAAAGCCUGUGCUACAUGACCGCUCAUGUGUUUGAGGCUUCAGAGAUGAAGUUCGGAGACAUUUCAAGCACACUCCAAGCCAUCAGUGUCCCAUUGCUGCCAAAAAAACAAAAACACCUGUAUGUGACAUGAUGUUCCCUUUUGCAAUAGUGAAAGGUUGGCCUGCAGUACGGAAUGCAGAUUUAGUAGCUGGACAUAGUGGAAUGAGUCCUGAGGAGUAUAUCACUUUGUUCGUGUUUAUAAAUGUUCAGUCAGAUUUCUCUAACAUGUUGCAAACUAAUUUCUUGCGCUUUUUAAAAGACUGUAACCCCUUUGAAGAGGGUGCCAGGAAUAUGACUUCUAUUUCCUUUUGGACAUUGUCUGCUUGUUUCCACUGGGUUUGAGGAGAAAACUCUGCAUCUAGCAGUGGGGCCCUCUGAGGAGUCUUCCUGACAUUAUAUUGCCAAAAAAGCUCAUAGAACAUUGAGUAAAUGAUGAGGAGAAAUUUGGCAGCACAGUGUUAUUUUGUAGUAACUACAACAGUCCAGAGUUAAACUUCCUAGACCGUGAAGUGUUUCGGCUGGAACUCUUGGAAGUUUCCCAGCUGUUUACAUCUUGAAGCAAAAAGAAUAUACCAAGAGAUAUGCUUCUUGUGACAAAAAGGGAAAUCUGAAGAGUAGAUGGUUCAAAGUUGAGAUAAUUUAAGCCUUCAUCUUGUUUAUUUUAUUUUUUGGGAGGUUACGUUUGAACAUUUUCUGCACGUCAUUAGUAACCUAAUGUUACUGAACUGUACGGACUUGCAUGGCUCAUGGCAUUCCAAAGUCCUCUUCUCCUCAGAGUGUGCAUAUGGAACCCACUUGACUAGUCUGCUAUAGCAUCCAAAAACAUGCCAGUGAGUGGCAGAAACAACCGUACCAUGAUUUAUCCACCACACCCUUUCCUUGACACUCCUGGGAACAUAUGCCUAAUAAUAGAAUUGCUUUUCUUUUCACAAGUCCUUGUUUAUACAUGCCUGUUUGAAAACAACAACAACAAAAGGAAGAAAAAAGUGCCAGAUGUGUUAUGAAAAGCAUUGUUUUCAUCUUCUUGAUGUGUCUGAUCCAUGCUAAUCAAUCUGUGCCAGGACCAUUGAUAAUGUUGUUUAAAGUGGGCUUCCUUUGAGGCUCUAUUGCUGUGAAUAUUUAACAUACUAGCUGCUUUUUAAGCUGUCACUUUUAAAUUCUUGUGCAAUGGCAGGUGAGGAAACAGUAGCAGUCCUCAAAUGAUGGCCCAACUUUUCUUGGUCUCCUCUUCACCCACCACAUCUGUAACAUUUGUAUUUUUGGAAGAGAAAUUCCUGGUGUACCAUUGAAGUGAAAAUGGCAGGGGUGUGGGACAUUUGUUCAGCCCAGAGUGCUGAACCGUAUAUAUCAUAAAAGGACAAUUCAAAGACUUCCUAAACAAAAUUAAAAAGUGAAUAUGAAGGUUUAAAUCAUUGCCUGUUUUUAAACUAUACACCAUACCAAGAUUAUCACAUCAGAAAUUUCGAAAGGGGGGCGGCUUGCGGGGAGAAAAUGCAAACUGGAGAUGCUUCAACAUGGGAGAGCCUGUGGUCUUUAGAUUAAAGUAUAGAUAGACACAAACAGAAAAGGUUUGCAAAGGUAAAUGUUAGAAUAUAAUGGUUCAAAAUUCUGCAAGGCAAAUCUAUUAAAAAAUGCCAAGAAACAUAGAAUUUUGUGUGAGUGUGUGUAUGA